CUAUGACACCCAAAUCUAUGUAGUUACAUUUUUAUUCCCUCCUUAAGUCAUAGAUGCGAUUUAUGUCAGCAUAGAUUUUUUGUUUAUGGGAAUCACCCAAUUACUGCAAUCAAUCGAGACAUGCAUGCCGAACGAACUUGGAAGUUGAUUGAUUCGCAGCGUUCCACUGCCUCCACGGUACUACUACUAAGUACUAGAGCUAUCAAUGGAAUGCUAGUAUGGUCCGUACCUACUACCAGUACACAGUACAGUACUUGCGUUAUUAUUCAUGAGAAGUGAGACAACUGAUUCGUAGCUGUAACGCAUCGUUGCUACAAUUACAAUGUGUUGAUCAAGUACGAGUACUUACUACUUUUCGACUUCAAUUCUUUGAGAACAUCAUCUUAUCACCAGCCUCUCUGCGGUGUCUUGUUAUUGCAUGGGUUUCAACCAAAAGGCGGAAAGAUCAUGAGUGCAGACUAUUCCAAGUCAAACGUAAAAGUGAUGAAAUCCAAGCUUUUGUCGUGCAUGAAACUAGGGGCUGCUGAUGAUCUUGCGGUGAACGAAAAACUAGAGGAAUGGGUAGCCACCCAAAAGAUUCCCACCCAUAUAUCUCCAGCUCAAACCGCUGCAUGCCAUGUAUCAUCCGGUUUGCUUCUUCAAAGAUUAGUUCGUGCAUUCGAGCAAAGACUGAACUUUUCAGUAGAUGAUACCAAAAGGAUGAAGGGUUCCACCGGGAAUAGCAAUGGCAACAAGACCGCAACAUCUAGCGGUCGAGGAACAUCAACGACGAAUGGAAGCAGUCCCAAAAAGAUAAAUACUUCAAAAGCGAAGUCGAAAUCGAAACCUCUGGCAGAGUAUAUGCAACGUAAGGUCAAGGUAACCCGGUUAGUUCAACAAGCACUUCAAUACGUUGGUAGCGACCUGUUGAAGGUUCUUCAAGGUUUGGCUCCUUCACCAACAGUCGCGGAUGUUGCGAAUACAUGUCUACAGAUUUUAAGAGAUGUCAAUAGAAUCAAGGAGUUUUACACGAUUUUCUGUGUCGCUUCGGGAAAAGAUCAUUCUGCGACAGAUCAAUCAUCCUCGAUAUUCUUUGGUGUUUUUGCUCUUCAAGCCUUGCAAUGCUUGAGGGCGCAGGCCAUUUGCGCCUAUGAGUUUGCACACGAUUUUGAAGCGAUCUAUAGUGCGUGCUACCAGGAUCGGAAUUUUCAGAUUUGUGUCCACUUGCUUAACCCUGCCGUCGCAAACUCUCCGACCCCUGCUACAUUUCCACCAGAUACCGAGGCUCGCAAUAUUUGCUGGAAGAUUGCAAGAUUGCUCGUUCUGACUGAAGAUUUCAAGAAUAAAUCCGACCCUGAAUCGAAGGACCACCGUAGAAACCAUAUCCUUGUGUCGGCAACAAGCAUCAUUCUUGCAGCAAAUAUGGGAAAAUCAAUUGCGAACAACAGCAUCCGAGUCGUUGGCUCUCAGGUCACAAACGAAGGAAUAAUUCCUAUUACUGAAGAUUUUGUAGGUACGGUUGUGCCUCCUGUAUCUCACUUGUUGGAAUUCAUUGCCAACAACACAACAAAUAAUGAUGGUAUGACACCGAUAACCUCGAUCGAUAUCAGAUGUCAUUUUCAGAACGCCUGCACAAUGAUCAACAAACUUUCAAUAAUGAAAAAUGCAACGACAACAGUAGUUGCCUCGCGUGGUCGAUCCCACUCAAUCUUAGCGAAGGCUUUCCCGCCCGCCAACGAGUAUUUCCUUCUUCAGAACUAUAGAAACAUUCUGCAAAGUCUUGUCAUACAGACCCAAAAGUCUAUCAAAAUCAAUACUGCGAAUAGUAACCAGGGGGUGACUGGUGUCAGCGAAAGAACAGGUAUUGUCAAUGUUCUUUUGCUAUUUCCUAUGGUCAUUGGUGAGCCAUGGGGAAUUCAUCGCGAUGCGCCAAUGAUAACGAGCAGAAUGCUAUGUACAGGGAAACAUUUGAAGCCAUCAGAUACUGAGAAGGACUCGGUAGCUUUGGUGGUCAAGUUAAAGCCUAUGCCUAAGGAGAUAAAGAGAAAAGCUGAGAAUACUUUUCCCGACUCGGUUCCAACCGACAAUAAAAAGGCAAAAACGUUUCCGCAAUCGGAAGAUCCAAGCACACCUCCUAAAAAGGCUCAUGUCGAAGCGAUUGACCUUGUUGAAGAUGACUCGCCUACGCCGGCCCCAAGGGCGCCUAUCGAUAUGAGAAUGGGAGAAAUCGAAGCUCCGGUUAUAAACGAUGCCACAGAAUUGAAUGAGUGGACCCUAUCAAUUAUAUCACAGUCAAUGGUCAAACCCAGCGAUAUGUUACUAUCAUACCUUGGGGAAAACGACAAGAUCAAUGGUAACAAUUCUUCUUGCUUAGAAAAUGUGAUAGUUCCUAUCAUUAAUCGUGGGGCUCUGCGCAUUCAAAGUGCCUUACGGUCUCUGAGUGAUCUUGGUUCGGAAGCGACAUUAAUAUCAAUUGGCAGGAGAGAUGGACAAGUUUACGUAAACGGUCGAAUCGACGAAAUCACUCAGCUUUGUGCCUCGGUUGUCGGAUUUUACUACCAUUGCAUGGAGGCUAUUAUUUAUGACAAGAUGGAAAGAAUGGAUUUUUUGGGUUCCUUCAGCUCUGUGCUUCAAAGUGAAUCCUUUCAUAGAGCUCUUUUAGCAUGCUGCCUUACAUGUGUACUGAAAGGUGUCGGAACAACCCAAAAAAUGUCAUCCAUCGAGAAAUUCGAAAAUGCGACUUCUACAGUUGUAAUGAACACGACUGAGUGUGACUCGUUUACGUUUCUGAAGGUCAUCGAUGGACUAAGCAGAGCUCUUAUUGCCACCGGGGAUUCAAGGACAAAACAGAGUGUAUGUUCAAUUGUUGCUGGGCUACCUGCAAUAAUUUUGCGACACAUGCGAGCACUUCAAACACAACUUAUCGACUCGGCAAUUUGGAACAGUUCACUGGGCACCGAGAAGCGAAAUGAAUCAUCAUUUGUCGAUAUUAUCAAGACCAUGAAGAGUCUGAAAGGGGCUUGGCCUCCGGAUGUUUUAGAACCUCUGCUACCGGAGGAAAAUGUAAAUAUGGAGAGCAACUCAACGAAAGCAAAAAGUAGCAUUCGAUGCAAGGCUCCCUUUGGCUCUUCUUCAGAAGCUACCUUUUUGUCAUUUGUCUUGCGUAUAUUGUUGAACUAUGUGUUGAAACGAAUAACGGCAAUAUGUGCAGCUCUUGAUCUUUCGACAGAGGAUGUUGUGCGCACUCAAAUUCUGGUCGCCUUCCGCUAUCUUUUACGUCAUCAUAUCUCCAUCUUCAAUGAUAGACAUGUGGAUCAACUGCUACUAUGCUCAGUCUAUGGGGUAUGUAGGGUGAUGAAAAUUCGACCCGAAGUAACAUUUGGGAAAAUAAUCGAUGCUUAUUUCACUGUAAGAGGAAAAGAGCAGGGUGAGCGUAUUUGUCGAGUAAUUGUUCGACACGUCAAAUUAGAUCAACCCGCUUCCAAGCGUGUCGGAAAUCUUAUUGUCUUCUAUAAUCAGGUAUACGUCCCAAAAAUGCAGAAAUACUUCAUUGAGAGCAAAUCCUUAAAAGAAAACACAGAAUUGUAUCGGAAUAAGCGGAGGAAGGCUGAAGAGUUAGAAGAGUUGCAAAGAAGAGAACAAGAACGGAAUAAAGCAGAAGAACGGCAAAGAAAAGAACAGCAGCGGAAAGAAGCAGAAGAGCGGCAAAGAAAAGAACAGCAGCGGAAAGAAGCAGAAGAGCGGCAAAGAAAAGAACAGCAGCGGAAAGAAGUAGAAGAGCGGCAAAGAAAAAAACAUCAGCGGAAAGUAGCAGAAGAGUUACAAAGAAAAGAAAAAGAGCGAAAGGAAGCAGAAGAGCGGCAAAGAAAAGAAAAAGAGCGGAAGAAAACUGAAGAGUUGCAAAGAAAAGAAAACGAGAGAAAGAAAACUGAAGGGUUACAAAGAGAAGAAAACGAGAAAAAGAUAUCAGCAGAGUUGUCAAGAAAAGAGAACGAGCAAAAGAAAACUGAAGAAUCCCAAAGAGAAGAAAAUGAGAAAAAGGCAGCAGCAAAGUUGCAAAGAAAAAAGAACGAGCGAGAUAAAACCGAGGAGUUGCAAGGAACAGAGAAGAUGAGUGUAAUGAAUGAAAUUACCAAGGAUGUCUCAGAGAAAUCUCCUGCUACUACUUCUCCUAAGUUGCAGUCAAUUAAUCGGAAGAUCGUUGCGAUGGACAAAACUGUAUCUGAUGCUCAAGCGAUGCUGGCAAAGGGUAUGAUUCGAGUUUCUUCGGUCGAAAACAAUGUACCUAGUCCAAUAAUGAACUCUGACGUACAAAAUUCAACGAAAACUAAUGGGAAAGCUUCUUCCGACAUUACUAUUUCCGCCGUGCGCAAAGGAUGUCUCUCGGCGAAAACAGUGGUUCCUAGUAAUAAGGUACAAAAUGCAGUAGUCGAGGGUUCAUACGCAGAUGCUACAAGAACUAAUGCUUCAACUAAUCCCGUUUCUUCGGAACCUGCGGAAAAGAUAUCAGAUAUAGAUCGAGACGAUCCCAAAUUGACCAAAGGCACAGUUGUCAUGAGUGACUCAAGUUCAAACGACCCAAGGUUGCCUGAAAACAGGGCAUCCGGAUCAUCUGAGUCAGAAGAAUACAUUCCAAAAGGAAUGGGCAGCAAAAUAAUGGGUAGGACAACCUCGACUCUUCCGAAUCCAAAUUCUAUUCUUGCAGGGGUGAGUAAAGGUUUACAAAGUUUGGUGACUGGGAGGCUAGCUCAAGGGUCCAGCUCAGAUGAGAAAACUCUCUCAAGCGCCUCGGAGAAAAUUUCUUGAAGGGGAAAAGCUGGCAGCGAUAACCCAAUCCCGAUGGAUUUGGAUUAAAAUGAAGAGGCUGAU